AACCCAAGAUGAAUAUCAGCAAUUGGGAAUUAGGUGUGGUUUUACCGAUCCAUGAAGAUACAGACAUUCCAGCUCCCUAUCUCCGGCCAGCACCGCGUUACAGAGAUUCUCAAGAGGCAUGGACUCAAAACAUGGAGUGGUAAAAUAAACCGUCUUUAGUUUAAUUGUAUAGCUCAUCAUAAAUCCUACUUGAGAAUCAAUAAAGAAAAAUGCACAAAUAUUUGAGUCCGACUUUUUUUUUUCGUCUUCUUUUUCUCUUCGUUACAGAUAAUACUCAUGAUUUCAUUAAUUGGAUCAGACGAUAGUAUAGACUAUAUUGAAUUAGAGCAAAAGACAGCUGAAUUAAACGCCGUUAUUCAAAAAGCCCGAACUGAUGCUAAUCUACAUCGAUUGUUUAAAGGGAAACGACGACACUCCUCACCUAAACGUGUCGACGAGGACGUGGAAGAGAGCUUACAACCAAAGAAGCAGAAAACAAAUGAAAUAGACGCAUUCAAUAACAGGACUGAUUUAAUGGCUAGAUUAUCUACAUUUUCAGUCUUAUUUCACCAUAUACCACGACCUUUAAACGCACUUCAAUGUGCCAUGCAUGGUUGGAAAGAUACGAAAAGUACAGUCGACAAGGAUCCUAAAAUAAGUGUGUUAAUUUGCGAUAGUUGUCAGAAUAACAUGUUUAUAAUUGAUCUUGAUGUCACCCUGUGUAAUGAACAGAAAGCGCUUGAAAUCAAGAAAAAGUAUGUAGAUGGGCUUUAUAAGUGUCACAAGGAGGAUUGUCAAUGGCAUGAUAAUCAAUGCGAAGACAGUCUAUACCGUUUCCCAUUGUUUACUAUUUCAGAUGGAUUGGAACAAUAUAAAUCGGAAGCACAACAUAUCAUCACAGCUUGUCUCGAACAACAUCAAUCAUUACCAGACAUUCAGCAUCCAUUAGUAAGUCAAUUAUGCAUAUGGAGAUAUCCUCACGUGGCAUAACACACAUUAUUUUUCUUGUUAGGACCAAAAAACCUUGUCCAAAGUAGAAUAUUUGGCAGAUAAGGAUAAAACAUUGAACAAUAAAGAAAGAGCUUACGUUCUUUCUUUAUUUGGAUGGAAGUCAUUGGAUCCAAGUAUACCAGGUGUCAAAUGUGAUUUGUGUUUCGCUCGG